CAGGGGCUCAGGGUGACGAUGGUGACGGGUCGGGGGGGGGAGGGUGGCACCAGCAGUAGACUUUUGGAAGAGCCCUUCCAGCUCCCCCAGCCCUCCCGUCCCCCUCGCACCCCCUCGGCAGCUCCGAAGGGGUUAAGGAGCAGCCGCUGCCGCUCCCCCGGGUCCUCCCCCCCGCUCCCACUCCGGGAUAUAAACCCGAGCUCCUCACCCCGCCCCGGCCCGUCCUCCCGCAACCCGUCCGGCCCGUCCUGCCCGUCCUGCCGCCGGCCCCGCCGCCCACCCUCGCCCAGCCCUCGCCCAGCCCUCGCCCAACCUUCCCAGCCCGUCUCGCAGCCUCCUUUAGCCCGUCUCGCAGCCUCCCCGCGCACCCUUCCGCCACCUCCUCGCCGAGCUCCCGGCCCUCCCGCGCUCCCCAUGUCCGUCACCAUCACCACGAAGACCCUGCGGAGCAGCUCGGCCGUGCCCGGCCGCUCCUUCAGCUCCCGCUCCUACACGGGCGUGGGGAUGAGCCCGGCUUUGGCUUUGGGCGGCCACGCCGGGGGCCGCUUCGCGCCCGGGCUGCAGCGGGGCCUGGCCGCCGUGCCCGGGACGGGCGCUGGCAUCGCGGCCGUCAGCGUCAACCAGAGCCUCCUGACCCCCCUCAACCUGGAGAUCGACCCCAGCAUCCAGCGGGUGCGCAAGGAGGAGAAGGAGCAGAUCAAGACGCUCAACAACAAGUUCGCUUCCUUCAUCGACAAGGUCCGGUUCUUGGAGCAGCAGAACAAGAUGCUGGAGACCAAGUGGAGCCUCCUGCAGACGCAGAAGCCGCCGCGCAGCAACCUGAGCGGGCUGCUGGAGGCUUAUGUGGGCAGCCUGCGCCGGCAGCUCGACGGGCUGGGCCAGGAGCGCCUGCGCCUGGAAGCCGAACUGGGCAACAUGCAGGGACUGGUGGAGGAGUUCAAGAACAAGUAUGAAGAAGAGAUCAACCACCGCACUGAGAAGGAAAAUGAGUUUGUCCUGCUCAAAAAAGAUGUGGAUGAAGCCUACAUGAACAAGGUGGAGCUGGAGUCACGGCUGGAGAGUUUAACCGACGAGAUCAACUUCUUACGGCAGCUUUAUGAUGAGGAGCUGCGGGAGCUGCAGUGCCAGGUCUCUGACACCUCCGUGGUCCUGUCCAUGGACAACAGCCGCAGCCUGGACCUGGACGGGAUCAUCGCGGAGGUGAAGGCACAGUACGAGGACAUCGCCACCCGCAGCCGUGCCGAGGCUGAGAGCAUGUACCAGAUCAAGUACGAGGAGCUGAAGACGACAGCAGGGAAACACGGGGAUGACCUGCGCAACACCCGCAGCGAGAUCAGCGAGCUCAACAGGCUCAUCCAGAGGAUCCAGGCUGAGAUCGAGGCGCUCAAGAACCAGCGAACCAGCCUGGAGACGGCCAUCGCCGAGGCAGAGGAGCGCGGGGAGCUGGCGCUGAAGGAUGCCAAGGGGAAGCUGGCUGAGCUGGAGGGAGCCCUGCAGAAGGCCAAGACAGACCUGGCCCGGCAGCUCCGCGAGUACCAGGAGCUGAUGAACGUCAAGCUGGCCCUGGACAUCGAGAUUGCGACCUACAGGAAGCUGCUGGAGGGAGAGGAGAGCAGGCUGGAAUCUGGCAUGCAGAACCUGAGCAUCCACACCAAGACAACAGGCUACUCAGCAGGCAGCUUUGGUGCUGGCAUUGGUGGGGGCUUCGUUGGAGGCUUUGGGGGGGGCUAUGGGGGAGCCUUUGGCACCUCCUUCUCCAGCUCCAGCUACGCUGUGCCUACUCCUGCCCUGGAGAGCUCGUCUGUCACCAAGUCCCGGGCCAUUGUCAUCAAGAAGAUUGAGACCCGCGAUGGCAAGUUGGUGUCUGAGUCCUCCGACAUCCUGACCAGCUGAGCAUCCUCCCUCCCUUUUCCCCAGGGGGGUCCCUCUGACAGAGCCUGCAGAGGCUGAAUCUGGCCCAUGGACCCCCAGCAACCCCCUCCAAGGGCAACCUGAGCCAGUGCCCCACAAGCCCCUGGUGAGGGCUCCAACUGUCUCCAGCUCCCUCCCAGCCCAACCUCCGUCCUGACCCCCUCAUAUCCCCAGUGGAGCUGUGAGGUGGGAAAGGGGGAGUCCUGCCCCCCUUCCUCCCCCCUCCCGCCCCAUCCCCCGGGGGACUCCUGCUGAAAUAAAGGCUUUGAGAGCUGGA